AUGACUGUGAGGGAUUAUAGCCACAAGUUUAAUUCUUUGGCAAGAUAUGCACUAGAUAUUGCACAUACAAUGAGAGCCAGAGUUCAUCGUUAUGUUGAUGGUUUGGCAGAUUAUUUGAUCAGAGAUUGUAGGGUAGCAUCCCUAUCAGAUGAUGUAGAUAUUUUUCGCAUACAGGCUUUCGCUCAGACUAUAGAGGACCUUUCUAAACGGAUUUGUGAUACUCGUAGGGAUAGGGAGCAAAGUAAGAAGGCCCGUACUAUAGGGUCUUAUAGGGAGCCACAUGUGCGAGGUGAUCUAGCUCAGCCUUCAGGAUCCACAGUAGCAUCAUCACCCUCCGUCCGUGGCCCACGACCAGGACCACAAUUUACUCAAGGUCGUGGUAAAGGGAGAGGUGAAGGAGAUAUAGGUUCGAGCGGUGGCCAGAAACGCUUUUAUGCACUCACAGGACGACCAAAUUCAGAGGCAUCCCCUGAUGUUGUUACAGGUUGCUAUGCUAAUAUUGAUUAUCGUGCAAAGAUAGUCAGAUUUUACUUUCCAGGUGAGCCAGUCCUUGAGUGGAAGGGUAAUACAGCCACACCUAAAGAUACUAAUAAGGAGCCCAUGAUUGUUCAGUCAAUUUCUAUUGUGAAUGAAUUUCCAAUGGUAUUCCCUGAUGAUCUUCCAGGAAUUCCCUCAGAAAGGGAAAUUGAUUUCGCUAUAGACUUGCUUCCUGAUACGCAACAUAUAUCGGAAGUUGAUAUCCGAAAAACAGCAUUUAGUACGAGGUAUGGACAUUUUGAAUUCCUUUUCAUGUCUUUCGGGAUUACAAAUUCCCCAACAGCCUUUAUGGAUCUUAUGAAUCGGGUCUUCGAACCAUUCUUGGAUGAAUUUGUGAUUGUGUUUAUUGAUGACAUUCUUAUAUAUUCACGGUCGGAAGCUGAGCAUGCAGACCACUUGCGAGCUGUAUUGCAGACUCUCCCAGAUUGCAGGUUAUAUGCUAAAUUCUCUAAAUGUGAUUUUUGGCUUACUUCUGUCGCUUUUCUUGGUCAUGUUAUUACAAGUGAGGGUAUUAAGGUUGAUGGGCAAAAGAUUGAAGCAGUGAUGACUUGGCCGAGUCCUUUGAAUCCAACAGAGGUUCACAACUUUUUAGGCUUGGCAGGGUAUUACCGAAGUCUAAGUUAUGUUGAAGCUGAUAAGGCUGGAAUUACAAAAGACCUAUGCCAGCUAGUUAAUUUGCAAGUACGCUUAGUAGAUGCAAGAGGCAGAGGUGUUGUCAUUAAGAAUAUGGCAAAAUCUUCCUUUGUGACUGAAGUGAAAAGGCGGCAACAUGAAGAUCCUAAGCUUAGGAAAUUGAGGCAAAAGAUUCCACAACAGCAACAACCAUUAUUUGAGCUAAUUGGAGAUGGAGUCCUUAGAUACUAG